AAACUGGGAGUUUAUGGGAAAAAGCAGCAGUUUCGAGUGCAAUCAAGUCGUUUACAAUGUUCAAUGCCAAAUUGUUUGUCCUGCUGACCGUAGCCCUCUGUCUCGUCCAGAGUUGCACCAUCGACGAACCGGAGCCGGAGCCAGAGGCCCCAUGCAAAUGCGGCAAGCCUGAUGGAUCGUCCUGUGGAGCCGUGAAGUCCAGCGGCUGUGGUUGCAAGCCCUGUCGCUGUGGUUGCCCCUGUCGCUCCUGCUCAAAUGUGGAUUGACUCAACUAGUGUUCUGAAAUCCUAGCCAGGAUUUACAACGGUUAAAAUGGUUGUCUUACCCAAGGACUCAUUGCUUCAAAAUUAUUUUUGUUUUUUCCCAUUUUGUUUUGCACUGUCGAUUGUUAAUAAAAAUUUUAAACUUAA